CGCACACGGGAUACAGGUCCAGCCCUACCGAGAGCGCGCCGGUCGCAAGAUGGCUGCGGCCAUGCGAGGCUUUGCUGUGUGUGCGCAGGGGACGGCUGAGCGGCCCGGACGGCAGGGACAGCGACGACAUUAGCUCAUCCCCCAGCCACUCUUUUAGAACGCCAUCCCAGCCGCCGCCAGCUUCGUCCGAGAUGGAUCUGGCUGUGGGCCCCGGUGCAGCGGGGCCCAGCAACGUCCCGGCCUUCCUGACCAAGCUGUGGACCCUCGUGAGCGACCCGGACACCGACGCGCUCAUCUGCUGGAGCCCGAGUGGGAACAGCUUCCACGUGUUUGACCAGGGCCAGUUUGCCAAGGAGGUGCUGCCCAAGUACUUCAAGCACAACAACAUGGCCAGCUUCGUGCGGCAGCUCAACAUGUAUGGCUUCCGAAAAGUAGUCCACAUUGAGCAGGGUGGCCUGGUCAAGCCUGAGAGGGAUGACACCGAGUUCCAGCAUCCAUGUUUCCUACGUGGCCAGGAACAGCUCCUUGAGAACAUCAAGAGGAAAGUGACCAGCGUGUCUACUUUGAAGAAUGAGGACAUAAAAAUACGCCAGGACAGUGUCACCAGGCUGCUGACGGAUGUGCAGCUGAUGAAGGGGAAACAGGAGUGUAUGGACUCGAAGCUCUUGGCCAUGAAGCACGAGAACGAGGCCCUGUGGCGGGAGGUGGCCAGCCUGCGGCAGAAGCAUGCCCAGCAGCAAAAAGUUGUCAACAAGCUCAUUCAGUUCCUGAUCUCACUGGUGCAGUCGAACCGGAUCCUGGGGGUGAAGAGAAAGAUCCCUCUGAUGUUGAGUGACAGCAGCUCAGCACACUCUGUGCCCAAGUAUGGUCGACAGUACUCCCUGGAGCACGUCCCUGGUCCUGGCCCAUACUCAGCUCCAUCUCCAGCCUACAGCAGCUCUAGCCUUUACACCUCUGAUGCUGUCACCAGCUCUGGACCCAUAAUCUCUGAUAUCACUGAACUGGCUCCUACCAGCCCUUUGGCAUCCCCAGGCAGGAGCAUAGAUGAGAGGCCCCUAUCCAGCAGCACCCUGGUCCGCGUCAAGGAAGAGCCCCCCAGCCCACCUCGGAGCCCUCGGGUACUGGAGGCAAGCCCUGGGCGCCCAUCCUCCAUGGAUACACCUUUAUCCCCAACUGCCUUCAUUGACUCCAUCCUUCGAGAGAGCGAGCCGACCCCUGCUGCCUCUAUGGAUACAACCGGAGCCCAUGCCCCUGCACCCCCACCCCCUUCUGUUCCUGAGAAGUGCCUCAGCGUAGCCUGCCUAGACAAUUUGGCUCGCGCUCCACAGAUGUCUGGGGUCGCCCGCCUCUUCCCCUGCCCCUCCUCUUCCUUUCUGCAUGGCCGAGUCCAGCCAGGGAACGAGCUCAGUGAUCAUUUGGAUGCCAUGGACUCCAACCUGGACAACCUGCAGACCAUGCUGACAAGCCAUGGCUUCAGUGUGGACACCAGCGCCCUGCUGGACCUGUUCAGCCCCUCGGUGACCAUGCCCGACAUGAGCCUGCCUGACCCGGACAGCAGCCUGGCCAGCAUUCAGGAUCUACUAUCUCCCCAAGAGCCCCCCAAGCCUAUUGAGGCAGAGAACAGUAACCCUGACUCAGGUGAGCUAAGCUUCUGUCCCACUCCUAACCCUCACGUCCAGCUCGCCCAACCCCACCAUCCUGACCCACGCCCCACAGGGAAGCAGCUGGUACACUACACGGCUCAGCCCCUGUUCCUGCUGGACCCUGACGCCGUGGACACAGGGAACAGCGAACUGCCUGUGCUCUUUGAGCUAGGGGAAAGCUCCUACUUCUCCGAGGGGGAUGACUACACGGACGACCCUACGAUCUCUCUUCUAACGGGCUCUGAACCCCCGAAAGCCAAAGACCCCACUGUCUCCUAGAGGUCCCAGGAUUGUCAGGAUGGCUUGUGGCUGGCUCCCAACCUACCCCUAGGACAUGGAUGAUCCUGGGGAGACGAGACAGCCAGGCAGUCCAGGGCAUCCUAGGUCAAGCCACCACAACCAUAGUGGAGCAUGGAUGGGGCUUGAGCCUGGACAGUGCCUCAGGUCAAGAGGAAGGUCCUGAGGGCUGGACACCUGCUGCCUUCACCCCAGCCCCAGGUCUGUUUUCUGUGUUGGAGCUUCACAGCCACACUUGGACUGGCUCUGCAGGUUGUUCAUAAAAUUGUAUUUUGGAUUUUUA